AGAAAGCAGAGGAGAUGAGGAAACAAAGCAACAAAACAAAAACAAAAUCGAAAAGAAAACAAGAUGUCUCCGGAUAAAAGUGCGGCAUCGAGGCAUUGGCACGAUACAAGUCCAACAACACACAAGAAAAAAGAAGAAUUGAAGUGAUUUUUGCUGCUUUUUUUUUCUUUUUUUCUUUUUUGAAUGUUGUAUCCAAUACAAAACAAACAAAAAAACAUUGAAAAUAACACCCAUCUGCUUCAAAGAGGAACCACCCCAAAACAACCGACCCUCCUCUGUUCCUCUACCACCGAACACCCACCACCGCCCCCUUUCCUCUUUAUCAUCCACCUUCAACAUCUUAUCCUACGCAUACCCUUUUCUUCAAUCAUCAUAUAUCAUUCUUUUGAUUCCUUGUUUUACCACUUGGUGGGAGGUUUUUUCUUUUUUGGGUUUAAACCUCAGAUCACAUCAUCCUAUUGUGAAAUUUGGAAUUGUACGGUGGUUUGGGAUUUUGGGUUUUUGUUUGUUUGUUUUGAUGAUGAGAGAUGUCUGAUGCUCCAGGGAUUCAUGAAUCUUCUCUCCCUCUGCUGGAAGCCAUUCGGGCAUGAGAAGGGAAAUCACGGGGCGAACGGCGUUCUUGGCGGCGGAGGAAGUAGUGGCGGCUCAAAAGAAGGUAAAGAUGGGUUGCUUUGGUAUCGAGAUAUAGGGAAAUAUGGUUCCGGGGAUUUUUCCAUGGCCGUGAUCCAAGCCAACCAGGUCCUUGAGGAUCAGAGCCAGAUCGAGUCCGGCCAAUACGGUACUUUUGUUGGGAUCUACGAUGGACACGGCGGACCCGAGACGGCUCGUUACGUUUGCGAUCACUUGUUCAAGCACUUUCGAGCAAUAGCAGCCGAAUCACAGGGGGUUGUGACUGCCGAGACCAUUCAAAGAGCUUUUCGUCAAACGGAAGAAGGGUUCACUACCCUUGUGUCGGAGUCAUGGAGUACUCGGCCCAAUAUGGCAACAGUUGGGACAUGCUGCCUGGUUGGAGUAAUACAUCAGCAAACGCUUUUCAUUGCGAAUCUUGGUGAUUCGCGCGUUGUACUGGGCAAGAAGGUUGGCAACACUGGAGGAAUUGCUGCUUUGCAGUUGUCAACUGAACACAAUGCAAAUAUCGCGGCUAUCAGACAGGAACUUAAGGAAUUACACCCAAAUGAUCCGCAAAUCGUUGUCCUCAAGCAUGGAGUUUGGCGAGUAAAGGGCAUUAUUCAGGUUUCUAGAUCUAUAGGCGAUGUUUAUAUGAAACACGCAAGGUACAACAGGGAACCAAUUAACGGAAAAUUCAGACUUCCUGAACCAAUGAACAUGCCUAUAUUGAGUGCUAAUCCGACUAUUAUUUCUCAUGAUCUCCAACCAAAUGAUUCUUUCCUUAUAUUUGCAUCCGAUGGUCUGUGGGAACACUUGAGUAAUGAAAAAGCUGUGGAUAUUGUACACAGUCAUCCGCGUGCAGGGAGUGCCAAAAGGCUGGUCAAAGCUGCCCUACAAGAAGCAGCAAGAAAACGAGAAAUGAGAUAUUCUGAUCUCCGGAAGAUCGACAAGAAAGUCCGACGCCAUUUUCACGACGAUAUAACUGUUAUUGUGUUAUUCUUUAAUCAUGAUCUUAUAUCCAGAGGUGUUGUCCAAGAUCCUCCGGUAUCCAUUAGAAGUGCACUAGAACACGGAUAAAUUAUUCAUAAACCGGAUAGAUUUCUACUUCCCUGAACCCGGUUUUCGCCUAACACUCAGAAAAAACUGCACCAAGAACACGUAGACAUUUCAUGGUGCAAGCACGGAAUAGUGAUGUAGAGAGCAGUUGUUUUAAGAGGAUUCAAAUUUGUAAAAUGUCAAAGAAAAAAAAAAAAGGAGUAUGGAAUUCCUCGUAAUAAUAUUUUUAAGUAAAAUGCAUGUUGUAGUUGUUUUUCGAUGGCAUUCGCCAUUUAGUGAUCAAAGAGGUCAAGCUGUGUGGGACAAUAACUCGAACACAUAGCGUGCUACUUUAUUUGGUUGCGAGGCGUUUUGAUUUGCAAUCAAACAUGUCGAAUAUUUAGCGUAAGUUAUUAACAUUACUCCCAAUCUGUUGUGAGUCUGAUUUUACCUGGUUAUAUAGUACAGCUCAAGGAUCAGCAUAUUAACGUCA